CGUUGAUUGACAGCGGGCAGCAGCUGCUGAGUUUGCUCAGACAUGGCGGAGGAUACAGUGUAACCGGGGGAAAUCAUCGGCGGAGUUACGUGAGUUUUCCACCGGCGGUCGAGUCGUCCGGGGGCCGCUUUAAAUGACACGCGCGGGGGAGGAAAACGUGUUCGGCCGAAGCGCGACGCGAGAGGAAGCGAACGACGACCCGAGCCGCCUGACGCGAGUGAAAUGGGAAAACGUAUCUCCCGUUUAGUGCAGUCAACAGCCUCGGGCAACAAAUAUGGCUUCUUGUGCCUUUUUUCAAUACGCUAUAAAAAUUGAUCUCCCGUGCAACCUGAAGCCGUGGUGGCUCCGGAGUUGAGUCGCUCGGUACUUUUUUGUUCGGCGAGGACAUCUUCUCUUCCCCCCCCCCCCCCUCCUCCCAAAAAAAACCCCUACUUGGCCAGUGCGCGUUAGCUGGGGAAGCUACGGAACUAAACAGCGGAUAGCCAUGGAGCCCAAGCACAAAGAGUUGCUAGACCAGUGCCACCAGAACUUACUGGAGUCCAUAACCGACGCGGACCGGGUGAUCGAGCUGCUGAUCGUCUCCGGCACCUUGAGCCAACUCGACCGGUUCGAACUGGACCAGAACUGCUCGUCCAGCGCCGAGAAAGUCGACCACCUUUUGAAGAUGCUGAUGAGCAAGGAGAGCGACCAUUUCCUCGACCUGUGUGUGGCCCUGGAGAAGGCACACCCCGACCUGUGCGCUGCCCUGUUCGGCAACGGCGGCGGACCCGUGGACCACUCCACCGGUUCCACGUACAGCGUCCUCUCCACCAUGCCUUCGGACUCAGAAAGCAGCAGCUCCCUCAGUAGCGUCGGUUCGCCCGUUAACGGGGAAGCAUCCUCCCCGCCCCCUGCCAUCAUCGACAACCGGCCAGCCGGCGACCACCUGGACACCAUCUUGUUCCAGCUCCGCCAGGUGACCAGGGAGCGAGAUGAGCUUCGUAAGCGGCUCGCGUUGGCAUCGCCCGGGACCACCUUCGACGACUGCAGGCCAAAUUCCAAAGCCAGUCAUGACUAUGAGCGUCUGAAAAGUCAGUGCAUGAGAGCCAUGGCAGAUCUGCAGUCUCUCCAGAACCAGCACACCAAAACAUUAAAGAGGUGCGAGGAAGCUGUGAAAGAGGCCGACUUCUACCACAUGUUGCACAGCCGCGUCCUGGGUGAACAAACGCAGCUGAAAGAGGAGAUGGAGAACUUCAGGAGGGACAAUGGCCAACUGGUCAGAGAGCACAACCACCUGAAACAGAACUGCGAGGAGCUUACGCGACUGCACAGUCAAGACCAGAAAGAGUUGGCAGACCUCCAGCUGCAGCAACAGCAGGUAAUGAGAGAGAAGGGCUCGUCCGAGGUGUUAAACAAACUGUAUGACACAGCCGUGGACAAGCUGGAGGGUGUAAAGAAGGAGUACGAUGCCCUGAGCAAGCGCUACAGCGAGAAGGUGGCCAACCACAACACAGACCUGAGUCGCCUGGAGCAGGCCGAGGAGGAGAACCGGAGGCUGCAGAAACAGUUGGACGCGCUGCUCAAACAGCGGGACUCGGCCAUGCACUACCAGCAACAGUACUCUACCUCAAUAAGGAGGUUUGACUCGGUGCAGCAGGAGCUGAACAAGUCCUCCGCCCAGAACAAGGAGUUGCAGCGAGAGAUGGAGCGCCUGCAGUCAGAGGUGACUCGCUACAAGACCUCGCAGCUCAAGUCGGCCAAGGACUGCGAGAAGUUUAAAGAGGAGAGGGACUCUGUGUUCAGCGAGUACCGUCUCAUCAUGAGCGAGAGGGACCAGGUGAUCAAGGAGGUGGACAAGUUGCAGACGGAACUGGAGGCGGCCGAGGCCCGACUGAAAAACACCUCUUCGGAGAGAGUGGUGGCCAGUGAGGAGUUGGAGGCACUCCGACAGGAGUUGAACUCGUCCCUGGUGGACCGCGACAGGGCCAUCUGCGAGAGGAACGAGCUGCUGGAGAAGUACUGCCACGAGGUAAAGGACAAGGCCGAGGCUCAGAAAGAGCUGAGCCAGGCCUGCAAGGACAUCGAGAUGGUCCGGGAGGAGAGGGACGUGGCUCGCAAGGAGAGGACCGAGGCCAUCGUCCAAAGGGAUCAGUUGCUCCGAGAGUACUACCAGGCCAGACAGAAACAAGACUCUGCCACCCUGGACAUGGAACGAGCCAAUAAGGAGAUCGAGAUGCUGAGGAAACAGUACGAGGCAAUGUCGCAGGAACUAAGGGAAUCCACCCAGGAGGCUGAGGUGGCCAAAUGUCGACGGGACUGGGCCUUUCAGGAGAGGGACAAGAUCGUGGCGGAGAGGGAGAGCAUCAGGACUCUGUGUGAUAACUUGCGGCGAGAGAGGGACCGGGCAGUCAGCGAUCUGGCCGAUGCCCUGCGGAAUCUGGACGACACGAGGAAACAGAAGAACGACUCGCUGCGAGAGCUCAAAGAACUCAAGGAGAAGAUGGAGAGCCAGCUAGAAAAGGAGGCCCGGUUCUGUCAGCUAAUGGCCCACAGCUCUCACGACUCUGCCAUCGACACGGAUUCCCUGGAGUGGGAGACGGAGGUGGUGGAGUUUGAGAAAGACAGGGACGACAUGGAUUUGAAGGCACUUGGGUUUGAUAUCGCUGAGGGCGUAAACGAUCCGUACUUACCAGGAGAUUUUGGAAUAUUUGUUACGAGGGUGGACAAAGGAAGCAUCGCAGACGGCAGGCUAAGAGUGAAUGAUUGGCUGUUGAAGAUCAACGACGUGGACUUGACCAACAAGGACAGGAAGCAGGUAGUGAAGGCGGUCCUUAACGGCGGCGGCUUGAUCAACAUGGUGGUGCGAAGGAGGAAGUCUCUCGGAGGGAGGCUCGUCACUCCCAUCCACAUCAACCUCGUGGGACACAAAGACAGUGGUAUUGGUCUGGAGAGCGGUGUGUUUGUCACUGCACUUGUCCAGGGGAGUCCAGCCGCCCGGGAAGGCUCUCUCACAGUUGGAGACAGGCUGAUGGCUAUAAACGGCAUUGCUCUGGAUAACAAAUCUGUGACAGAGUGUGAGUCUCUGCUGAGGAGUUGCAGGGACUCUCUUAGCCUCUCUCUCAUGAAGUUCUUUCCUCACAGCACAUCGGGCCAGAACAUCUUCGAAAGUCUGCGUGAGUCAUCGGAGAAGUCCAAUGGGCGCAUUCACCUGUCUGAGAUUCACUCUCGCAACAGCCGCAACCUCAAACACAACAGCUCGACGCAGACGGACAUCUUCUGCCAGGAUGUCGGGAGCACCAGCACAAGUAGCAUCUCUGGGGAGAGGAGGAAGGCUCGGGGCGAAUCCGGUGAGGUGUACAACGACGUCGGCAAGCCGUUCUCCACGGGCUCCCUCCAUGCCACUAGCCUCCGGCCAGCCUCUGAAUUGGGCACUGGCCGCUAUGGGCCCAGUGCUUUCCAAGAGUGUCGUACCUACAUGAAGGCGCCGUCCUCCUUGCCCUUUGACCCCGUGUCGGCCUCGGACUGCAUCACGAUGGAGACGAGCCUGGAGAAGAAGCACAGUGGGGGCACGUGGCCCAAGAUGAUGGUGGGAGGUAUGUCUGUUGCACCAGAUAGCGGCAGUCCGGUCACGGCAGCGGCCCAGCUCUCCAUCUACAAGUCCCCCAAGCAGAGGAAGUCCAUCUUCGACCCGGACACGUUUAAACGACCGGAAACCCCUUCCUCUAUGAUUGAGUAUAUGGCAGCCAAUCAAAUUGCAGCAGCAGCUUCCCACUCCCCGCAGCCUCUGAAGGCAGAGUCCCUUUCCUCCUCCUCCACCCCUACCCCUCCAACCCCACCCACUCGCAGUGACUCCUUCAAGUUCAAACACAAACAUCAAAGCAGCUCCGCCUCUGACUGCACGAUCACCUCGGACGGCAAAGGAGAGGCCGCCAUCGCCGCGGCAGCGGGAGAGAGCCGCGAGAGGAGCGAGCGAGAGAGAGACCGGAAUGGAAACCACUAUUUUCUGGACGGCAAGGUCCUGACCUCGAGGAAGUCGUGUGACGAGGACAUCGGGCGAAGCAGAGGGGAGGAGCCGGAGGUGAAGAGGCCGCGCCCUAAAUCUGCCCCGGCCCUUCGACGUAGGAUGACCCCGCAGACGAUAACUCUUCCCUCCUUCCAGAGCUACUCCAACAAUGAGCAUUCGCCAGAGCCCAGGGACAUGCUGCGUUCCUCCCCCAGCCGCUCCCACAGGCACAGCGUUGGCUUUGUUCCCACAGUCUACAACGGCACCCUACCUCCUAAUUCAGCCCACCGGGGUCUGUCUCCGUGCUCCGCCGUGACGGCCGUGAUGAGAAAUCCGGUGUACACGGUGCGCAGUCACCGCGUACACACCAGCAACUGUCAAUCCGGCACCUCCCAGAUAUGUCACCAGCACACCCACACCAGCCCGCAACACCAGGGUCGUCUGAGCCUGGACCUGAGCCAGCAGAAACGCCAGACCGACUUCCCUGAAUCAUCAUCGUCGUCACGCAGCAGCAGAGCGUCACACGGUACAAACUCACUGCCCUCCAGCGCACGACUCGGUUCCUCCAAUAAUGUCCAGUAUCGCACAGAGCGGAUCAAACUCCCUUCCACUCCCCGCUACCCUCGCUCCAUGCUGGGGUCAGACCGAGGCUCCCUCUCGCACUCUGAGUGCAGCAGCCCCAGUCUCAUCACACCUCCGCAAUCGCCUCUCAAUCUGGAGACUUCGUCGUUCGCCAGCAGCCAAUCACAAGGCUCCAUUUCCACUUUACCGCGGAUCUCAGUCAGCCCUUUGCCGAUAGGCGAGCGCAGGAAAGACAGAUCUCUUUACCGUAACCGAUCUUUUCUAAGGAUUCCUCUGGCUGCAAGGCCGAGGUUCUCCUCUCUCAGGAGCCUCAGGCCGUACUUGGAGGAGCCUCGUAAUGUAAUUGUGCUCAAAGGCCCGGAGCCUCUGGGAAUCUCCAUCGUCAGCGGGGAGAACGGAGGGAUCUUUGUCUCCAAAGUUACUAGUGGUAGCAUCGCCCAUCAGGCAGGGUUGGAGUACGGAGACCAAUUACUGGAGUUCAACGGCAUCAACUUGCGGAACGCGACGGAGCAGCAAGCUCGUCUGAUCAUCGGCCAGCAGUGUGACACCAUCACCAUUAUGGCCCAGUACAACCCACACAUGUACCAGCUGGGCAACCACUCCCGCUCAAGCUCCCGUCUGGAGCCAGUCAGCACUCAGGCGACUCCCCAGGGGAGCGGAGCGGCCACCCCCGACAAUCACUCCACCAUCGACACACUCAGCGAACAGGACGAGGGCACGCUCACUCCUUCCUCCAAGCAGACCACACCAACCACCAGUCCCCAUAACUUCAUCAGAAUGCCGUCUGGGGGGAGCAGGGUGGUGGGCGAGCCGCGGCUUGUGACGGUGCGCAGGCCUGGCGUGGAGGUGGGAGUCACACUCUGCGGCGGGAACCUGCGGGGCGUCUACAUAGAGAGCCUGGACGAGGACAGUCCGGCCCGAGGUCCUGACGGUCUGCUUCCUGGGGACCUCAUUCAGGAGUACAACUCGGUGAAUAUGAAGAAUAAGACCGCAGAGGAGGUGUACGUGGAGAUGCUGAAGCCCGCAGAGGCGGUCACGUUUAAGGUUCAGCAUCGGCCAGAUGACUUCAGCACCCUUAAGGAUGUUCCAGGAGAUGGCUUUUAUAUUCGAGCACUUUACGACCGCGUGGGGGAGGCCGAGGGGGACCUCAGUUUUAAGAAGGACGACAUCCUGUACGUGGAUGAGUCUUUGCCGAAGGGCAGCUUUGGGACGUGGAUUGCCUGGCAGCUAGAUGAGAACGCCCAGCAGAUCCAGAGGGGGCAGAUCCCCAGCAAGUACAUGAUGGACCAAGAGUUUUACCGCAGACACAGCGUGACCGAAAUGAAGGAAGACUCCGGUAAGACUCUCUCUGCGGCGGCCCGCCGAUCCUUCUUCAGGAGGAAACAGAAACACAAACGCAGCAGCUCCAAAGACAGCAAAGAAAUGGUGGCUCUGGACGCCAUCAGCACAGACUCCAUCCCUUUCCUGGAUGACUGUGUGAGCCUGGCAUACCAGCGGGUCCAGAAGGUGGAGUGCGCCUCGCCCCGACCGGUCCUCGUCAUCGGGCCGCUCACUGACGCUGUCAAGGAGAUGCUGGUCAAAGAGUCUCCUGGGAAGUUCUGCAGAUGUGUACUGGAGGUGAUGAAGGCAUCCCAGCAAGCCAUCGAGCGGGGCGUCAAGGACUGCCUCUUCAUUGACUACAAGCGCAGGAGUGGCCAUUUUGACGUGACCACUGUUGCUUCUAUAAAGGAAAUAACUGAUAAGGGCUGUCACUGUUUGCUCGACAUUGCACCGCACGCCAUUGAAAGGCUCCACAGCGUUCACAUUUAUCCAAUUGUUGUCUUCGUUCGCUACAAAAACGCCAAGCAGAUAAAGGAGCAGAAAGAUCCGGUUUAUCUGCGGGACAAAGUAUCUCAAAAACAUUCCAAGGAGCAAUUUGAAAGUGCACAGAAGAUAGAGCAAGAGUACAGCAAGUUCUUCACAGGUAUUGUGCAAGGCGGCGCCCUCCCUUACAUUUGCACUCAAAUCAUCACUAUUGUUGAUCAAGAACAAAGUAAAGUCCUGUGGACUCCCCUCGGCUGCCCCUAGAAGAGACCAGCUGCCACUACAGCAAGCCGUGGCUUUCAUCUCCAUUCCCCAAAACGCUAAUCAACCCUUUCACACUAUACCCAUAGGUUUACUACAGUGAGCUAGUUAUGUAAGUUAUUGACAUUCUUUUCGUCUUUGUCUUGAUUUAUAGUGUGUGCUCCGCAGCGGGUCAGUAGCACUCUCGAUGUUUAAAGUUCAGUCGGUCUUCCUUAAGAGUUUCUGGUGGUGUAUUUGUAAUGCUGCAUUAUAAGCGUCCGUUUACAGUCAGAACACGAGUCUGACUAUUGGUGUUCAAUAUUUGCUUGAAUGUGUCUCCCCCCCCCCCCUCCCCCCAUGUGUACACAAACCUAAACACUAAUGAAGUUCAGCCAUCCCCCAAACCCUCCCAUGUACCAAAUUACACUCAUGGUUUCCCUACAAUUAUGCACCCAUUUUGACGACGACUGACAACUAAUUGUGUGUGUGUGUGUGUGUGUUUGAGAGAGAACGGGGGCGAGUGAGAAAACGUUGAGACUGUUGUUCGCAAUUGUAAUGACAAUUUAAUUUGAAUCGUGGUCGUUUGCUAGAAACGAUUCGACGCCUCGUGGCAUGAAACCUCCUGAAGGACGUAGCCGCGGUUUCAUCGGCACUCGCUCUGUGCGUCGUGUCUCUAUAGCAGCCGACAGUUUAUGGGCCUUUUUUGGAAGUGCCUUUGGAGAACAACGCUGAUCUGAAACCAGCCCCCGCUCACGUAGCCCCCCCGAACGCCGAGAGGAUUCUUUUCUCCUCCGGAUUUAACGCGUCACAUCGUCCACGGCAGACAAAGUGACGGGUAGGGGCUGAUUUGAGAGCAGCAUUGCGUGGAGCGCGGGACGAUGGCGUUGGUUUUGAGGCGCGGGCCAAAGCGGCGGCCAACGGGUGAACUCCUCAGAAUGCACUCCAGGGCUAGACGGACCACUGUGUAACUAUCAUUCUAUCUCUUUAACAUAUAUUUAACAACUAUAUAUAGUAUAACAUACAGUAUGCAGAUACAUCCGGAAAAAAUAAACAUAUAUAUAUAUAUAUUACAUGUAUUUUUACUAGGUCAUACGCCUAGGAACGUCGGGCGGUCAAGUCAUGUCUUAGCAGGUAUUAGCAUGUUUUUUUUAAAGAAUUUAUUUUUGUUUAUUGUGGUUGGUUAUCAGUCACUUAUUGCCGUACUCAUUUAAAGAGACACUAUGAAGCAAAAUGUGCAGAUUAAAAUCUUGAAUGAUUUUCCUCUGUUAAAUGUUAGUGAUUUUUCAUUGUUAUUUAAUUGUAUUUUUUAUUCAGAAGGAAAAAAGAUAUUUACCAAUAUUCUUCCCUUCCUCAAAAAACCCAUAUUCUGUAUCUUAUUGUGCCAAAAUCCACUAAGGCAACUUUAUCCAUAUUAUUUCUGUUUUGCACUUGUUUAUCUGUUAACCUUAAACAUGUAACUGUUCCUAGGUUUCCAGUAGACUAUCAAUAGGUACUAUGAUUUCUUUAACUAAUCCAUGUUUUUUUUAUAUUUUGUCACAUCAGUUCCUUACAUUUCAUUGACUGCCUUCUAUUCUUAAAUUGAAAAAUAAAAAAGGAUCUCUUAUUUGAAUUAUUAAAAAGGGAUCCAUUCUUGCACAGUUUUUCAAAGGAAAAUUGGUCCACAAGUUUGACUAUUGGGCUGAAGAGUAAGCAGAAGCCAACGGUAAUAUUACUAUUUUUCUGAGCAGAUAGCAUAUGGUAACGCGAGAGGAUACAACGGGAAAUUGUUGUAUUUUUUAGAAAAAGUCUACUGUAGAUGCCAGGUACUGAUGAACUUUUCUUUUUAUUAAAAAGAAUGUGAUUUGUAUGUUGAGACAUUAACGUGAGAAUAAAACUCAUUCUCUGUAUCACACUA